AUGGCUCGCGGGGCAUUGAGUGAAAACGAGCGUCACUGCUUGGAAGCCGGCGCAAAAAAUCAAUCAGACCGUCUCCAAGAGUCGGAAAAAACGCUAAGUGAUUGUAAAUCUAACGGACUGAGAGUGCGCUUCCUGGACGAGGAAGGCAAAACGGAAAGGAUGGUUAGCGCCGACGAGGUCGAUUGCGCAGUCACGCGGGUCAAAAAAAUACACAUCCUUAAGAACCGAAGUUCGAGUGAAACUAGCAUAAUGCUAAGAAAUCCUUCUCUAAUCAAGAGACGCUCUAACUCCGAGCGCCGGUACAGUGACGGAGUAGCAGAUAAUCUCAAUAACAAUAACUUGAACGAUAACCUGAAUGGCCAAAUUAAAACAAUUGAGUUCGAUAAAUCCGAUAAGACUGAUGACACAGAGCAAACCAAAGAUGUAACCGGACAAAGCUUUAAGAAGAAUUGUAACGUGUACAGCGUCAACCAAGCAAAAACUCUCACUCCAGAAAAGAAGAAAACUUUGCCGCUUACAAUGCCUAGACUUAUUGCGCACAAAAUACAGGAGAACGGCCAGGCAAAGUCAAUCCUGCCGGCGGAGGUGUGUCUGUCAGAUGGAGUAUCCGGCAAGGACUUCACGGCACGUGCUAUUGGCAGACUGUCGAGGGGUUUAGGAAAGCUGCUUCGACGCACGAACAGCGUGCGUAUAAGUGAUCCUGACCCGGUGUACAAAGUGGCAUAUCUCGGAAAUGUUCUCACUGGCUGGGCUAGAGGUUGGCUAGUUCAAGGUUGUCAAUUGGAAACUAAGGACAGGAUGGAAAAUAGGGACUUUUUAAAAGGAAAGGUAGAUAAAAAGAGAAGACAAUGUUGGGAAUUGAUGGAUAUGAGAACAUAA